AAAUACUAAUUCAGUAUCAAUGUGUCUUUUAUUAACUGGCAACUACAAAAUGUGAUCAACACGUUUUACCGUGUACUGAGCGAAGAAAACAACAAUCACAAUACAAAGGUAAACAAACAAGGAGUACAUCUGGAAGAAUGGACAUAGUUUCGGAUUUCAAGCCAAUUCCAACUCGAGCCGCAUUAGCGCUACAACGAAAAAAACAGCCCAAUGAUUUUCAGGCUAUGGUAUUUGAAGAUCCUGAUAAAUCAAGCAAAGAUGUAAAGGGACACAACAGAAAGUUAGAAAAAGGUGACUCGCAAAAAAAUAUCUCUAAAGAUGAGUCUGAAGAAUUCGAUAUUAAGAGAGCACGCAGUGAAGUUCUUCGUUUUGCCAUGAAUAAUCAACGAAUUCCCAAAAACAAAAAGAAAAUGGAAAUGUUCCACAUCAUGAAGAUGGGAGGGAAGGCACCCAAGAAACCAUACAAAAAUUACAAGGACUUAUUGGAUGAACGCAAACGUUUGAAGGAUAUACGUGAGCAAAGAAAGAAAUUCCAUCAGUUAGGCAAAAAUCAGACCGGGGCGGCGUCUGUUAAGUGUCGAAGUAAAACCAAGUUGGAAAAACAACAAAAGAAACGUGCACCUGUAACAGCAAUAGACCAAAAUUAUGGAGUUGUAAAACCAAAACUAAAGAAAAGAAAAUAAAUUUGCUACGUUAAUGUAUAUAUUUAUAAUUUUAUCUAAGAUAAUGGAUAAAUAAA